GGCUGAGAAUCAUCCUUCUCGCUGACAUGGCGUCCACAGCUUCGUUAAAACUACUGAGCCCAACCGAAGACGACGACGACGCCAUCAUCCCCUCCCUCAACUCCCAAGUCAGAGUUGCCCCCGCCCGCCCCUCUAAACCAAACGACGACACCUGAGACCCAAACACACCCCAUUAUCACCUCAUCAACUGUCUCCUUCUUCGUCGGCCCUUGCCGCCUGGACUUCUCCCUCGCGUCUUUUCGUUCUUUUCUAGAGAACAGAAAUGUCGGAAGCUAAAGACCCGGCGAUUAAGCUAUUUGGGAAAACAAUCCCUCUCACUGCCCACGACGAAGAUACUCCUGCUAUUUCCGGCGAUUCAGGCUCUGCUACUGAUGCUGUUCCUGUUACUUUCCCUUUUCCACAUGAAGCCAACAUCGAUCAAGAUCUUCCUUCGACCACUUCUUCCGACAACAAGAAGUCGAACAAAGUAGAAGAAGAUCAACAACAACAACAAGAGAAGGAUAUAUUGGAAGAGAAACCCAUUGAAAAUAAAGAAGAUGAUGCAACUCCUUCAAGUUCCGACCAAUUGAAAAAUCCAGCUACAUUGUCAGGAACUAAUGAGAACCCUAGAACACCCUCUGUUGACGAAGAAACUGCAAUUCCAAAUGCUUCCAAGACUGAAGAGGAACAGGCUGAUACAAAUAAUUCACAAGAUAAGACACUGAAGAAGCCAGACAAGAUCCUUCCAUGCCCCCGCUGUAAUAGCAUGGACACCAAGUUCUGUUACUAUAACAAUUAUAAUGUCAACCAGCCCAGGCAUUUCUGCAAGAACUGCCAGAGAUACUGGACAGCUGGUGGGACCAUGAGAAAUGUGCCUGUGGGUGCUGGUCGUCGCAAGAGCAAGAGCUCUGCUUCACAUUACCGGCACAUUAAUGUCUCUGAGGCCCUCCAAACGUCUCGAUCAGAUGCACUGGAUGGAAUACACCACCCAUUGAAACCCAAUGCCACUGUACUCACCUUUGGCUCUGAUACAUCACUUUGUGAAUCGAUGGCUUCUGUGUUGAAACUUGCAGAGAAAACAAUGCAGAAUUGCACAAGUAAUGGAUUUCAUAGACCCUCAGAACAGAGAAUUUCAGUUUCUUGUGGAGGGGGAGAAAACGGUGAUGACCACUCCUGUGGAUCUUCUGUUGCAGCUUCAAACACUACAGAGGAGGGAAGCAUGGUCAGUUUGCAAGAUGCAAUGAUGCAGAAUUGUCAUAGUUUUCCUCCUCAGAUACCAUGCUUUCCAGGGGCUCCCUGGUCAUAUCCAUGGAACUCAACUCAAUGGAGUACCGCAGUGCCCCCAAGCUUUCCAGGGGCUCCCCCGCCUGGUUUCUGCCCUCCAAGCUUUCCUGUAUCGUUCUACCCCCCAGCAACCUAUUGGGGUUGUGCUGUCCCAGGCGCCUGGAACGUCCCUUGGUUCCCCCCACCAUCGUCUUCUCAAAGUCCUGGAGCUCCAGGCUCUGGUCCUAACUCUCCUACCUUGGGAAAGCAUUCAAGAGAUGGUUAUAUGCUUAAUCCAAGUAAUUCAGAGCAAGAAAAUCCCGUAAAACAGGAUGAUUCAGAGAGAUGCCUUUGGAUUCCAAAGACAUUGAGGAUCGAUGAUCCCGGGGAAGCUGCCAGGAGCUCCAUAUGGGCUACCCUGGGAAUUAAGAAUGACAAGGAGGAUUCAAUCAGUGGAGGAGGGCUCUUCGAGGCCUUCAAAUCAAAGGGUGAUGAAAAGAAUCACGUGGCUGAAACCUCUCGUGUACUGCAAGCCAAUCCUGCAGCAUUGUGUCGGUCACUCAACUUCCAUGAGAGCUCAUAAUGAUGCCAAUGAAAAGCCUGUUGUUGCGAAGAUGUUUCACUGAGGUGGUGAAUGCACGAUGGAACCAACUCGCACAUACCUUUGCCAUGAGCAAUGUUGCACCGGCUUCGUUGUAGCAAUUGGCAGAGCAAUCCAAUUGAGACAGAGCCAGAGGAGAAUCUUUCUGGUUUCCCAGAAAGGAGAUAUCCUGGAAUAGCUCAAAAACAAAUGACUUGUUCUUCUUUUUCCUCUGGUUUUCUCGGUAUUUUUUUCUUCAUUGUUUGUUAUUUAUGAAAGUAUGAGUAGGACCUCUUUUUACAUAGAUGGUUGUUGAGGUGGUGUAGCAUCUACUUGUAUAUAUCCAGUUAUGAUGAUAUAGUUAGAUAGAGCAGAGCAGAGCAAAGGAGCAAAAGACCUAGAUGUACUAAAACAAGUUUGUAAAUCCAAUGAAGUUCUUCAUACUCAUAUUUGAGCA